UUUUUUUGCCGCCGCUCGCAUAGUCGACAUUUUUCAGCCUCAUCAGAGCUGACGUGGGAGCUACGUGUGCGCCGAGUCGGGCCAUCCACUCCACCCGCAACGAGUGACGAGCCACUCUACGUAAAACUUCGGCUGAUCACCAUGGAGACGGCGGUGGCAGCACAGCAGCAGGAAGGCAGUGUGACCGAGACGGAGACGAGUCAGAUUCAGGGUGACUCGGAGUCAGUCGCACAGGUGAGUGAGAGCAUAGGGGAGUCAGCAAGUGUGGAAGUAGUGACGUUACCAGGGGGCCAGACGCUACAGGUGCAGGGAGUCAUCCAAGCUACACAACCCUCUGUCAUUCAGUCACCUCAGAUACAGACCAUACAGGUUGCUGCUACAGCUGAUGGAGAGGAAACAGAUGUUUCAGACACGCAGAAGAGGAGAGAGCUUCUCUCCAGAAGACCCUCCUACAGAAAGAUCCUGAGUGAGUUGUCCUCCGACACUCCUGCAGUGCCAAAGAUUGAGGAAGAGGAGAAGGCCGAAGAAGACACCCCUGCUUCUUCCAGCGUUGCUACGGUGACUUUGCCAUCGUCUAUUUAUCAGACCAGCUCAGGACAAUACAUUGCCAUAACUCAGGGAGGAGCGAUCCAGAUCGGGGGUCCUGGAGGAGAGGGGCUGCAGGGGGUUCAGGCUCUGACUCUGCCCAGCCCUGCAGCACCUCAGCCUGGAGCCACUAUCCUGCAGUACGCCCCUCAGGCUGGAGACCCUGCACAACAGCUGCUGCUCUCUGCUGGACAAGUGCUCGUACAGGCUGCCACAGGAGACAUGCCUGCAUAUCAGAUCCGCUCCCCAUCGUCAGGGUUACCGCAGGGUGUUGUCAUGGCAGCAUCACCGGGGGCGAUCCACAGUCCACAGCAACAAGCAGAGGAGGCUACACGCAAAAGAGAGGUUCGCCUGAUGAAGAACCGGGAGGCAGCGCGAGAGUGUCGUCGGAAGAAGAAAGAGUAUGUGAAGUGUUUGGAGAAUCGUGUGGCUGUGCUGGAAAACCAGAACAAAACUCUAAUAGAGGAACUCAAAGCCCUCAAAGACAUUUACUGCCACAAGCCGGAGUAACACCCAAACACACACACACACACACACACACACACUCCUACUUCACACAUUUCACACACACACACACACACACACACACACACACACACACACACAGACAUGCUUAAAGACUGCUGCAGCAAACACACAUACACACAUGGACGUGUGUGAGGUUUACAGACUCCCUGGGGUUGAAACUACCUACUUCUCCCUUUUCCCCUGAAUCAUCAAUAUAUGUUUAAUUUUGUUUUGUUUCAAGCCACUCACACGCACGCACACGCACACACACACACACACACACACACACACACACACACACACACACACACACAUUCACUGCAUUAAAACACACAUUGUACAUAUGAAAUCACCCUGGAAGCCAUCCUUUACCCCCAUAUCUAUCUGCUACUUUAUUAGAAAAUAUCAACAAGAAAAACAACAUCAAGGCUGUGCUAAAUUGAAUGCUACAGUGGAUCUCAUGCCCUCAGUUUGACAUUUCUGUAUUCUCUGGGUGAAACUCAGAGUGUGUACAGAGUGGAGUGAAUGGGGAAAUUAGUUUUUGCUUGCUUGUUUUUCUGUUAUGGUUGAAAGAUAAUGCACAUGAGUUGAAAAAGGAAAAUGCUUGUCUUUUAAAUUAUACUGGCAAGAUAGGCUAGGUAUCAUUCAAAAUUGUUUGAUAUCAAUACCAAUACCAAUAACUAUAUGUGUUGGAUCUGUUGUGCAAAAGUCAGAACCACACUUCAUUUGUUUAGAUUCCAUUCAAAAUGGCCGUUAAGUACAAGUUACGCAUCUUCCAGCGCUAGUAAAACAAAUAUUUGGCAGAAGCCUCAAAAACUAAAUAUAAUAUUUUUUCAGUAUUUAGUGCAGCACCCUUUGCUUUUAAUACAGCUUUGAUUCUUUUCAGGAUAUGUUUUCAGUUUUUCAAAGAAAUCUAAAAGAAUUCCAAAGUUCAUCUUAGAAGUUGGUUUUUUGCAUUUCCUGAUCUCUUUCGCUUCUCAUGAUCCAAAUAAUCCCAAACACAUUCAGUCAUGUUGAGGUCUGGACUCUGGGUUGGUCUGUUGUUCUGAGAACUCCAGUAGCUUCUUUUUUUAAUCUGUUUUCUUAGUAACGACUUCUUGUCAGCUACACAUCCUUUCAGACCCAUAGUGCUGAGUUGUCUUCUCACAGUGGAAGGAUGAGCAGAAACACCUGUGGGUUUUUCAGAUCUGAAGCAAGAGUGGAGCUUAAUUUUCUCCUCUCUCUCAAAGUGCUGUUUAUCUGAUAGUGACAGUUUGGGCAGUUUUUUUGAGUUCUGGAAACUAUUUUCCUUUAACUUUCUUCUUCCUUAUUACGCUGGAUUGCCUUGUAGCCAAUAUCCUCACAAAUAUCUCCUCACAAAUGAAACACUUGUACUUAAUGUUCAUUUUAAUUAUAAGUUAUAUAAAUGAAGGGUAGUCUCUGACUUUUGCACAUUGCUGUACACUUGGAUAUAGAUUCCUGAAUGAUACCUGUGAUACCUUCUUUUAAAUUACAAACCAGACAUGAGUGUGAGCUGCUGGUAAUGGGUGCAUUUACUGACUGCAGUGGGCCGCAGACUAAUCGAGAAGCCAUGACAUCAGUAACAUGAAUACAAAAAGCUAUUUGGACGACUAGUCACCAGCCUCGGUUUAAAACAAGCAUGUGUAUUGGCUCACUGAUUGGCUGCUUAGAUAUUGAAAUAUGAUAUUUAAAAAAAGUUUUUUAAUACUUUGUAGUACUGGAGUAACUUGGCCAGUACCGUAAAGCUACUGACAUUUGAUGCCCUGCCCUACAAGCAAGUGUUCCAAUGUAUAAACAAAUAAAUGUGUAUGUUAGUGGGUAUGUUUGUAUGUGCUGCCGAGCUGAACUACAUAUUUGGGUGUUAUAAGCAUUUUUAACGGGUGUUACAGCUUAUAGGUUAAAAGGGUAGAUUCUAAUGGCUAAUGCCGAGGAGCUGUACUUUUGUGCUGUUCAAUGUGAUUGAAUUGUUGGUUUUUAAAUGAUGAGUUUAUGUUCUGGAGAACUGAGGAAAAUCGGUCUGUUGUAAAAGAAAUUAUUUUAUCGUUCAAAUCCUUUGUGUUUUCAAAAUUUCUUGUAAUGUUAUUAAUUACCAGGUUGCCAAAUUGGACAGCAUUGUUUGCUGUGUGUGUGUGUGUGUGUGUGUGUGUGUGUAUGUGUGUGUGUGUGUGCGCACAUUUGCCACGUUCGCUCGCCUCCUUCAUGUAGCUACUGUAGCAUUCCCAUUUCAGAACUACUUAUUAUGACAUCAUCAUCAGCACCAGCCUAUCAUAUUAAGCCCCUGAUAUGUUCUGUAUAGAUUUGCCUGAUGAUGUCAUAAUAAGUAGUUCUGAAAUGAGAACGACUUACUAUGACAUCAUGGUCAGCACCAGCUUAUCAUAAUUCAGCCCCUGGUGUUUUCUGUAUAGAUCUGCCUGAUGAUUGAUCUCUGCGGAAUGAUUUGCAUAUUUAAAUAUUGCUUUGUGUUGUUUUGCUUUAAGUGGGGAAAAAAAAGUCAAUGAAACAUGAAACCAGCAUCUCCCUGUAUUUGUGGCCAGAUUUUGGAGUGGCGCUAAAGAGAAAAUGUUUAUAUGCCCUUCCUUGCUUUGAACACUGUUUAAGAAAAGCUCUUAUGUCUAUUUUUAAUAAAAUAUUUUUCUGAAUGUA